GGCUAUGGAGAUUUGCUUAGACGUGACCGAGAUACUAACCACACUCCUCCCCGCACUGGCUCAGAGCCUAAAAGAGAUCGUAAACGAAGAUUAUGGUGAGAUUGAUGUCUGUCACUUUGCUGAAGAUGAGAUAGCAUAUAAGGAUCUGCCAGGGACAUCAGAUGAAAAACAGUUUCGUGAAGCAAUGCGAGAAGAGUUGCG